AUGGACGGUAAGCUCUUUGUGCUGGAGUCUCAGAAUGGCUCUCAGGGCCUGGACCUGGAGGCGGCUCGGCUUUCCUGCAAGAGCAGGGGUGCUCACCUGGGGUCUGCAGAAGAGCUGAGGAGGGUGGUCCGGGACUGCACCUUUGCCGUGUGUACCACAGGGUGGCUGGAAGAUGGCACUCUUGGAACGACUGUGUGUAGCAAAGGGAGCAGUGAAGAGCAAGUUGUGAGAGCUGUGGAUGUGAGAAUCGACAGCCACCCAGCACCUGGCGGCACAUACAGUGCUCUUUGUGUUAAGGAUGAAGAGAGACCCUGUGGAGACCCACCAUCCUUCCCACACACCAUUCUGCAAGGCCGCACAGGCUUGGAGAUGGGAGAUGAGCUGCUGUACAUGUGUGCCCCAGGCCCCACCACUGGCCAUCGAGAGCCUGCCUUCACCUUGCUGUGUAACAGCUGUGGGGAGUGGUACGGCCUGGUGCAGGCUUGUGGGAAAGGUGACACUGAGGCACAUAUCGAUUAUGAAGACAAUUUUCCUGAUGACAGAUCUGUUUCAUUCCAAGAAGUCAUGGAAGAUUCUAGAGCAGAAGCCGAAGAGGACAGGGGUCAAGAAGACACAUCUGAGAAGAUACCCAAACAGGACCGUCUGGUCCUAAUUUCUAUGGGGAAAGAAAAUGUAGCCCAAGAAAAAGCCUUUGUGCCAACCACAGGCUUGCCUGGCCCUGGGGGCAGUGUACCCACGGGUCUGCCACAAUCCCAACUGAGCCAGAAGUCCUCCUUCUGGCUUCCUGCUGAGACUUUCCAUAAGUCAGAGUUGGAAAAGGAAGCAGACAAUGGCACCACAAAGCAAUUUUCUCCCAGACACAACCACAGUGGGGUCAACCUAGUGACAGGUGAACCUGAAACCAAGCUGAUCUAUGGUCGCAAGGAGGGCCUCUCAGAGCCAUUUGUGGACAGAAACGACAGUCAAACAGGGGACCCAGUGGCAAGCAGCAGCGACGAGUCCUGGUUAGAUGGCUACCCUGUGACAGAUGGGGCUUGGAGAAAAGUAGAGGUAGAAGCGGAGGAUGAUGGUGACAAGGGUGAUGGGUCAGUAGGACUGGAUGAGAAUGUUCUCGUGACUUCUGAUCAGCCCAUUCUUGUGGAAGUUAAGAAGCCCAGCAAUACCACCCACAUGACCCACAGUUCAAAUCUUCCACUGGUCCCCACAAAUGUGUCUGAGAGUGAGUAUCCUUAUGGUGGGGAUGGGGAAUUGAACAUGUAUCAGUCAACUAUUCCUUGGAGAUCUACCACAGAGAAGUCUCUGAUGGCCACCCCACCUAAUGAACUCACCAGUUCCACCCUGGACACAAUAACAACCAUUGCUAUCCAACAGGUGCCUAGCCACAUGCGCUCAACUAGCAUGAUGGCUACCCAACUUCCAGUACAAACCACAGUUUCUGAGACCCAAGAGACCUUCCCUUACCUAUUGUCUGAGGAUUUCCUGGGACAGGAAGGCCCUGGGCCAGGUGCAAGUGAAGAGGAGUUUCCUCCAACCUUGGAGCCAUGUGUGGGGGACGCAUGUCCUAACCUCAGCAGAGGCCCUGUGAUCGCUACCAUUGUUACCAUCCUGUGUCUGCUGCUGCUCCUGGCGAGCGUGGGGGCUGUGUGGGGCUACCGCAGGUGUCAGCACAAGAGCUCUGUGUACAAGCUGAAUCUUGGCCAGAGGCAGACCCGGCACUACCAUCAGCAAAUUGAGAUGGAGAAAGUCUAAGUUGCCAUUCAAAUGGGCUCUCAGCGAGUCACU